UCACUUUUACACGUGGCUUACAGAUAUUGGUUGACAAGACGUGGACCGAUGUAAAAAGAAAGUGACACGUGAUCCGCAACAUGUACCUUCCUAAAAGAUCUCCAAAGGCAGGAAUGGAUUGCUUAAGAAACUUUAGACUCAGAGAGAAACCUACCAAUCACUAAAUUACGAGUGAAAAACAAGCCAACAAAGGAGUGAAAAUGGAGAAGGAAACCAGAUCUGAGGUUGUUGUUUUCCCAACCGUGAAAGAAGACCCACAAGGAAUUUUCUUCAGAGGAGAAGAAGAAGAAGAAGAAAAUGAUCUUUCUUAUUGGGAAUUCGUUAACUCCUCUGAUUCUGAUGAUGAUGAUGUCCUAUCUCUCUCUGAUGCUUCUUGGCACUCUUCCCUUUCUUCCUCCCCAAAGGACAGCCUGAUCCCUCACCUGAUUCAAGAUGGUGAUGAUGAUGAUCAUCAUCAUCAUCACCUUGAUUAUGAGCCAUUCAGUAAUGGGUAUGGUGAGCCACACAUUGGUGACCAAGAAGAGGAUGAUGGUGAUGGGUAUGAUGAGGAGGAGGAUGACUAUGAGGAUGAUGGGUUUGAUUUGGAUGAUGAGUUGGUACCACGGGCAUUGAGUGGGAAAUUUGGUAGGCAAAGGAUGAGGAAAUUAGGGAAGAGGGCUUUUGCCAAGAUGCAUACUUCAAAAAAGUCACCAUUUUUGUAUGUGAAGCCUGGGUGUGUUUAUGGCAAGCAGGGGCUUCGAUUGAAGCACAGUUUCUAGAGAGACAAAGUUAGCAACUUUGCAGGUGAUUCAUGGAUGAAAUGCGCCAUCUUCAAUUGGAAAAUAGGAGUAUUAGUGAUAUCAACAAGAAUCAAAACAAACCCAGUACACAAGCCCUCAAGGAAAAAGAGAGCAAACAGGGCUGACCUUCUUCCAAGAAUGUUUUGAUUGGAUUCUUUGUGUUAUGCUGGUGGCAUUGAGAAACAGUAGGGUCUUAAGCCCGGAACCUAGUAUAUUUCUGUAAUCAAUUAUCGGUUUCAUCCAUCUUUAUCAUCCCUGCAACUAUUUGCCAAGUUUCCAGUAAUUCAAGCAAAAACCUAAUCUAGAAUGGCCCAAAUCCAAUCUUAAGCCUGGAACGAGACAAGGGUCAAGGUCGUCCCAACUCCCUAAGUGGUACGUGCAGUAUUAUCAGUUCAUCAUUACGAACCAUGGCCACUGGCCAGCCUUCGUCUAAAAAAGUACACGUGACAAGCCAGAGUAAUCUUGGAAAACUUUGGCCAUCCAAACUGCAGUAGGUCAGGGGGGUUGAAAGGGAACAAGCACCAUCAACAACACUCAACAGUCAGCAUCGCCGUGGAUUCUGAUUCAAUGUGGAAAAAAGAUAUGACAUUGACCCAUUGCUCGACAGAUUACAAUGUUAUCGUCUCGUAGUGCCCUUCACUUUUUAACAAUUUUUUUCAUCUCAUUGACUGUUUGUCUUGAAUGACUCGAAAAUUCUGAUAUUUGCGAAGCAAAUUAUAAAAAAAACAAAAGAUUUUGUUCAUAUUGACAGGGAUAUCUAUCAAAAUAAGC